AGAUGACCGCGGCAUCGGUUUAUGUUCUCUUCGCUUUACUUCUCAGCCUCGCCAGUAGCCGGGUAAAUGGUACCAAUACCACUAGAUCCUUCACGAAUCCCAUAUUUGACACCGGCGCAGACCCGUAAGGACAUUCUCAUCAGUCAUUAAUUCGACUCCUGUCUACAGACUAACGUCUUCUCAAUCUACUAACGUCUACCAAGAUGGGUGAUUCGACACGAUGAUUAUUACUACAUGACUUACACUACCAAUGACAACAUCACCCUACUCCGAAGUCGGGGACUCACAGACUGGAAGAACGCCGAUGCAAAGCUUCUCUUCAAACCUCCCGAAGGCCUGAAUUAUUCGACCGACUUGUGGGCCCCAGAAAUCCACCAGAUCGAUGGCAGGUGGUAUGUCAUCUUUACGGCAGAUCCCAAUGGGGACUCGCCACCGCCUGAAGUCGACAUGUAUUGCGACAUGAAUUGUCCUGCCGUAUUUCAUAGAAUGUAUGUGUUAGAGGGCUCCGGGUCCGAUCCUUGGGCUGCAGACUUCGCUCUCAAGAGCCAGCUGAACACGUACGAUCAAUUUGCAAUUGAUGGCACCUACUUCCAGCACUCUACGGGUCUCUAUCAUAUCUACAGCUGUUGGUAUCAUCAAUAUGAUGCUUGGCCGGCCAAUUUGUGUAUCACAAAGAUGUCCAAUCCAUGGACAGUGAGCUCCAAUUUUUCGGAGAGGCAAAUCAUCAGCGUGCCAUCUAACCCCUGGGAGAAAACGCCCUAUGGAAGGCCCUUCAAUAAUCGCUUGGCUUCCAAUGAAGGGCCAGAGCAACUCACUAAUCCCAAGACCGGCCAAACCUUUGUUAUCUACUCUGCAGCCCGCUCCGACAAUAGGAACUACUGUCUGGGGCAACUCGAGCUGAUUGGUGACGAUCCAAUGAAUGUGCAAGACUGGAAGAAGCAUAAUGAGGGCUGCGUUUUCUAUCAAAACGCCCUCGAAGGUGCCUAUGGCAUCGUCUAUCACGGGAUGCAGGAUCCCACGAACGGGUGGUCUGCGAGAACAAUUCGAGCACAGAAGUUCUCUUGGAACGCGGAUGGCUCUCCUCAAUUCCCACGACCAGGCUAUGGUCCCUACGCCUUGCCAUCAGGCCAGAAUUGA